UGUUUGUCGGAAAACAACUGUCAACUUGACGGUGUCACCCUAACCUCAAUUGUCAACAUAACCUUAAGUCACACUAAACAUUAAAAAACUUUCAAGAUGUUCAAAAAACCUUUCAAAAUUAAAAGUAACUCCCAAGUAAAAGGAUCCGAACGCAAGUCGUUCAAAGAAACAUUACUGAAAUCCUUCCCGAGCAUAACGGAGGUCGAAUUUAACGAGUUCCUGCCCAAAAAGGAGGUGCUCAAUACCAUAAAAGUCCUCACUUGGGAGGAGGAAACUGUACAAGUUUACACUGUACAAAAACGACCCAUGAUUUUUGAUGUCAGAGGCAAAUGGUACCCGACAGUGUAUUUCCUUUGGAAAUUUCCAAAUCUGGCCUACGCUUUCACGACACACCCACAGGUCAUGCAGUAUUUAUCGUCUGGGGCAGAUUUAAUGUUACCUGGUGUGUGUACACCACCCCACAACACUGGUUUGCCAAAAUAUGGGUCAUUAAAUGAGAACGAUUUGUGCUACGUGAACCUGUCCAACAAUCUGGCGGCUGUCGCCGUCGGUGUUGCUGCACAAAGUUCUAGGUAUAUGGUACUGGCCAACGGGAGGGGUAAAUGCGUGAACGUUUUACAUUUUUAUGGGGACAAGUUGUGUGGUAUUGAGGGUCAGUCCAAUUUGCCAAUACCGAACAUGGGAAAGCCUGAGUGGCUUGUUCUGAAGAGUUUUGAGGAUGAUUUUCCUGCUCUGGGUGAAAGAAUUAAACCCGACCCGAACGUUGAUGUAGAAGAACCAGAAAUAACAAUAGAACUUACUGGUGCACUAUGUGAUACAAAUCAAGAAGAUAAUAUUCAAAGUCCCGAAGAGCCUGAAUCAGAUGUGGCUGAUGCUAAGGAGGAAGUAGACACUGUAGAGAGCAUGGAUGAGAGAUUACAGUAUUGUUUUUUGGUAGCUGUAAAGUAUUCUAAGACAUUGACUUUGCCUUGUUUGACAUCCAAUUUCUUUAAACUGCAUAUGAUGCCUGCCUGUCCUGAAGACAAAACUUUGGAUAUUAAGAAGUCCUCAUAUAAAAAAUUAAAGCCGUUCCUUGAAAAAAUGUCUCAGUUAGGAGUAAUUACAGUGAAAGAAAUAAAGAAAGGUGUUGAAGCAAUUACUUCAAUAAACAAGGACAGUCCCACUUUCUGCGAAUUCUAUAUAAAUCCUCAAAGUCGUCCUAAGAACGAAAAUGAAGAAAGUAAUCCUCACGCUACAAAUAUAGUUGAAUCUUACAUAAUCACCCCUUCAGUACUUCCAAUUUUUAUAAGCGAGGGUUAUCAAAAGGGAGACACAAUUCAUGGCACGGACGUAAGAAAGUUUGUUACUAAAUACGUUAAAGAUAAGAAUUGUCAGGACGAAACGAAUCCGAAGUUGAUUAAGCCGAAUGCGGAUUUGAAAAACGUGUGCAAAACGGAAACGUCGAUAACUUGGGAAGAAUUAAUAGAAAAAGUAUGUGACAGCAUGAAGAACUGCUUUAAGGUUUCGACUCAGGGUGAAGAGUUGGUGAAUAAAGGGAAAGUAUCGCCAAUUACGUUGACUGUUGCCAUGAGAUCUGGCAACAAAAAGGUCACACUUAUUGAUAAUUUGGAAUUGUUUGGAAUUAAAAUACCAGAAUUUGCUAAAGAAUGUCAGCAUGGAGUUGCAGCUAGCACCAGUAUUAGUAGACCUCCAGGAAAGAAGUCUGAUCAGUUGUUGGUGCAAGGGAAUCAAGUUAUUUUUGUAUAUAAUCUCUUAACUGAAAAAUACAAGAUUCCGAAAAAAUAUAUCAAAGGCUUAGAAAAUGCUCCAAAGAAAAAGAAGUAAUAUUCUGGUUGACUUGUUGAUCUUAAAAUAUUAUAUUUUCUGACAAUUAGGCGUUUGUUCCCAAAUAUCGUUAUAAAAAAAAAAGUAUACCUGUAUUUUACAUACAAAUAAAAUAUUUAUACUCAUA